AUGAUUAUCGCUGGAAGUCAGCAAUUGCUUCAACAUCAACAAGCGUUUCGCAUUUACAAUGAAGAAGUCGAAAAGUACACAAAGGCACAGAACGAAGAUCAGGAACUUAAAAAGAGACUUGGUAAUAUUCUCAAGAAAGCUAGUGGGCAAGUCCCACUUCCGGUGGACAACAAAGAAGUGAAGAAGAAAAUGCUGCUCUUAAAGAAGUUGAGAAGUAUAGUUGAACCGUUGUCUGGAAAAGAGGAAGAAGACUAUCGGUCGAGAAGGAGGUACUCACCAGAUCGAAGUCCGCGCGAUCGCUACAGAUAUCAUUGCAAGAAACGAGAAUAUGAAAAUGAUCGUUGCCGCAAGGGUGAUGACGACACCGACAUAUGGAGAUUUAACCCAAAGCAUCGCAAUGAUGGCAGAAAAGGUGAAACCUCGCGAGAAUACCGUCACAAGGAGCAAAGCAGGAGUCGCAGUUGCAGUGAGGAACGAAAGAAAUAUUUG